UUUUUUUAACCCUUCCAGAACCAAAAACCACAGCUUGUCUUUCGCCAUCGUCAUCCAAUCCCACUUCCCCCAUCUUCGCCUCCUCCUCUCUACACCAUCUCGCAUUUCCAUCAUAUUCCCAUCUCCUCACAUAUCCAUAAUGUUCCAACGAACCAUGCUCCGCGCCUCAAGACAGGCCGCCGCUCGCCCCGUGCAAAGAAUACAACCUGCUGCUUUUGUCCCCAUACGGCAACAAGCUGGCACGCGAGCUGCGCCCGCCAUCAGAUGGUAUUCCGAUGCUGCUCCGGCCGAGGCCAAGGGUAAAGAAGGUGGAGCAGAGGCCAGCAAGGACGACGGCGCGGCGCAAGUCAAGGAGCAGUUGGAGAAGAAGGACAAGGAAAUUAUUGAUCUGAAGGACAAAUACCUCCGCUCCGUCGCCGACUACCGCAACCUCCAAGAGCGCACCAAGCGCGAAAUCAGCGCCGCAAAAGACCUGGCCCUCAAAAACUUUGCGCGCGACCUGGUCGAAUCCGUCGACAACCUGGACCGCGCCCUGGGCACCGUCGAGCCCUCCAAACUCACGGGCGAAGCUGCAAACGCCGACCUCGUCGCCCUCCACGACGGUCUCAAAAUGACCGAUCGCAUCUUGAUGGGCACGCUGAAGAAGCACGGGCUCGAGCGAUUCGAUCCCAGCCCCGACGCCGAGAAGUUUAACCCGAAUGUGCACGAGGCGGUUUUUCAGACGCCGAUGCCGGAUAAGGAGGACGGGACGUGCUUCCAUACUCAACAAAAGGGGUUCCUGCUUAAUGGCCGCGUGUUGAGGGCUGCCAAGGUUGGAGUGGUGAAGAAUGCUUAGGCGACGUCUUCUUUCGCUUUGCCUACCUUCCUCUUCCAUCGCUCGGUCGUUGCUUGCUAGUGAU